UGCCAAGUUCCCUACCCUGUCCCCUGGCGCAAGAUGUUGCCUUGUUCCUGCAGACCCCUGGUAUCAUUGUUCUUGUCUGCAUACACUAUUACCACAAUCGAAGCAUUUUAUCUCCGGUUGCUGUAAAGGGGUCAAGAUCAUUGGUUAUUGUAGCCGAAUGCUCCAGCUCAUGAGACAUCCUUUGACUCACGUCGGCUUGAGGCCCUCUAGUCCUCUGUCUGUUCCUCGAAUUUGCUGGCACGCGAAAUUGGCGGUGACCUCUGAGUCUUCCAGGCGGUGCAGAAGGUUGUCGAUCAUGAUUCCACAGUCUUGCUAUAUUCUUAUAUCUCCUUACUGCAACUGUUGAAGUCUCUCAAAUGUCCGAUGAAUAUAACGGCAAGGCUGCCACGGACGUUCUCUCAACAUCGUUCGACCGGGUUACGCACGAAUCCACCUGUGACACUCACCACGGAGAAUUACCUGUUGACCCGCAGAUCCUGGUGCCAUACACAGAACUUCCACUACUAAGCGAUGGCCACGAUUGGGAACAACCUCGCAUCGAUGAAGCCCACCUGUCAUCCCUUACGCUGAAUGCUGUGGGCUUUUCCACCAACAGCAGCCACCAGGUCAACGAGUGCCUCUCCAGUGGUACAGAUGGAAUAGUGUAUCCACAACAGUUCCAAGAGAUCUCCCAACCGCAUAUUACCGGUUCUCACACAUGCUCAUCAACAGAAAACUCGGGUAUCCCCUUCUCGGUAGAAAGCUCAGCCGUGUCUGUCGUCUCUAACGCACUGAACGUGGCACAACAGUACAUAUGUACCGAGUGUGACGAAAAAUUCGCUAAGGGACACCAGCUCAAUAAACACAUGCGAAAACACACCCGCCCUCACAAGUGCGACAUCCUUGGCUGUGGCCGUUCGUUCGCCCAAAAUAGAGAUCUCAAGCGCCAUAAAGAUGCUAAACACUCUAUUAAUACUCAGGGUACUACUGCUCUGAGGGGUGUGCACCUCUGCGAAUAUCCACCUUGCAACUAUGCCCUUAGAGGAUUUAGUAGGAAAGACAAUUGCGAUCGACAUAUGAGGAGUCAGCAUGGGAGGCGGUGAGACACAUGAGAUAUCAUUUUGGGAAAGAGGACUCGGAGCAUACCAUGCGAUCACUUAAUCUAAACGGACGAGAUACCCUCCGCUGCAUACAUCAUUUCCAUGAACAGGUCGACCUACAAGCUAUUCAUUGUGAAUAACCCAUCUCACAAUGUCAUUGUUGAAUUCGAAAGCGUGUGUCCUUUUUACUAUUCCCUUUGAGCUCUGAAGUAUUAGAAAAGUCUCUUCACCUAAAAGUCUUGCUUUCAUAGAAACAGAGGCCCCAAAAGUUUUAUGUAAUAUUUGUAGGGUCACAAAGACUUCUUUGCAUCCGCUACAUUAAUACUUCUUGUGAUCGUCUGAUUAU